AUGAUAGAACCCUCUGAAGACUCAUUUGAGACGAUGAUGGAGCGUAAGAAUCCAUCAUCAAAACAAAUGGAGUCCUCCGAGGGCUCAUCCAACACCACUGUGGAGACCUCGGGCAGCAGGGAGAGGGCUGCAGCGCUCACCAGUGGCCCCGCCCAGGAAAGAAAGGAGCCUCUCAGUGGCUCACUCCAGGAAAUGGAAGAGCUGCCCAUUGAUCUACUCCAAGACAUGGAGGAGCCAUCCAGUGGCCCACAUAGGGAAACAGAGGAUCCACCCAAUGACCUACUCCAAGACAUGGAGGAGUCAUGCAAUGGUUCACACCAGCCAAUGGAGGGUUCACUCAAUGAAGCAUCUGAGAGGAUGAGAGAAGCAUCAGGAAAGCCACCCGGAGCCCAGAGAGCACAGAACAGCACUGACCUGAGAGAAUUGGGAGAGGAGGAGAGUCCUGAAGACGAGCCAAGCCAGGCUGAGUGCUCUACUACAGAACAUAUGGCCAUGGUGAGGUCCAUCAUCUCACUGUACUUCCGAAUGCAUGACCUCGAAGAACAACAAAGAGUUGCAGAAGAAAUCUUGAUACAAGGGAUCAAUGCAGGCCAACUGCCCACCCCGAAACACUUCUCUGGGGACCGCAGAGAAUACCACGAGUUCAUUGUGCUCUGUCAGCUGAUCCUACAGAGCUACCCCAGAAUGUUCUACAGUGACCACCUGCGAGUUGGGUAUGUCAUCUGCCACCUCUCGGGCUUGGCCUUAGAAUGGGCCAAAGCUCUGCUGAGGGAAAACAGCCCCCUGAUUGGUGACUUCCCAGCCUUCCUAGAGGCAAUGUCCGAGGUGUUUGAGUACCGGCAGACCCUACGUGUGGCAGAAGAGGCCAUGUUCAGUGUCAGGCAGGGGAGUCGCUCUGCCACUGAGUAUAUCAAUGAGUUCCAGAGCCUGGUCCCCGUCCUGGGCUGGCCAGAUGAAGUCCUGCAGGCCCACCUGUGCCAGGGACUCAAUGAAGACAUCAGGCAUUAUCUAUUCCGGGUCCCUCAGCCAGAUUCCCUGGACAGUCUGAUCGUGCUCAUCCUGCAAAUAGAAGAAAAGCUGGCAGAGAGGAGAGCAAUGCUCAGGCUGCCCCCUGAGGCCCGUCCUCGGAAUCUGACCUGGAUUGACUCACCUGCUCCCGAGAGGUGGAUGGUCAGCAGCUGGCUGCCCAGUGAAGUCCAUCCGGCCAUCAAGCGUGCCCACCUCUUCCUGCUGCUCAUGGUGAGAGUGAACCCCUACCACAGUGUUGCCGUCCAGGCUCUGGUUGAUUCAGGGGCGGACGGCAACUUCAUGGACGAGAGGUUCGCCCAAGAGCACUACGUUGAGCUGUACGAGAAACCCUACCCACAGCCGGUCCAAUCCGUGGAUGGCUCGCUGAUUGGCAACGAGCCUGUCUGGCUCUACACCGAACCCCUGGUGUGCAUUCACCAGAACCACCAGGAGUCCAUCGAAUUUGACAUCAUACCUUCACCUAACUUCUCCGUGGUGCUGGGCAUCAGCUGGCUCCGAGUCCAUGCCCCCGAGGUCGAUUGGAUCAGAGGUCGCUGCACCUUCCACUCUCCCUACUGUCUGAAGAACUGCUUCCGCCCACCCCCACCAUGCAUCGCCCUGGAAAGACACAGCAUGAGCCUGCUGCCCGGACUGCCACACCCAUACUCAGACCUGGCCGACGUGUUUAACCCGAAGGAAGCAGAUGAGGAGACUUCCGACCAGCCAAGCUCAGACGGAUCCGAUGAUCUUUCUGAAUCAGAGCCCUCUGAGCUUCAGCAGGCUGGAGACAGUGAUCACAGCGAGACCUUUUACGAAUGUCCCUCCACCGCGCCUUGGGAACCUGUGGGUGCCAGGAUGCAAGAAAUAGCCAGGCUACAGGAUGAAUACUGGGACCUGCAGGACAUGCUGACCGACAGACAGGACUACAUACAGAUGAUUCCGGAACUGUUUGACCAGUUGCAUGGAGCUGCAUGGUUCACAAAACUGGAGCUGCGUGGGACCAUAGUGGGGGAAAGCAUGAGCAUCAGCCACACAGAGGACGUAUGGAGGGCAGCGUUCGGUCUGGAGCUGCAGGAGCUGAAGAGCUACCAGCCCUUUGCGCCAUCCCCAGACCCGGUCAUACCCCAGAAGGUGAUUCACUUCAUCCUCAAGGACAUGCUAGGUUUCUUUGUGCUCUCCUACGGUCAGGAAGUCCUGGUCUACUCAAUGAGUCAGGAGGAGCACCUCCAGCACGUCCGACAAGUCCUAGUCCGCCUCCGGCACCACAGAGUCUACUGCUCACUGGACAAGAGCCAGUUCCACCGCCAGACGGCGGAAUUCCUGGGCUUUGUCGUGAGCCCCAAGGGGGUGAAACUGAACAAAAGCAUCGUGGCCAUCAUAACAGGGUACCCUACGCCUGGCUCCAGGAAGUCCCUGCAAAACCUGUUCGAGUUCAUCUUCCCCUACCGGCACUUUGUGGAGCGCUUCACCCUGCUCGCAGAGCCGCUGGUGCGGCCGUUCCACUGGGGAGAGGAGGAGCAGGAGGCCUUCGAGUGCCUGAAGAGGGCAUUCCGCAAGGCGCCCCUUCUCCACCACCCCAAGCCCCAGAACCCGUUCUACUUGGACACGGGCGUCACCAAAACAGCUCUGCACGCCUCCCUGAUCCAAAUAGACGACCAGACUGGCAAGCGAGUCUCCUGCGCUUUCUACUCCCGCAACGUCUCCCCCAUCGAGGAUGGGUACUCGCCCCUGGAGAUGAAGAUCCUCCCAGUACGGGCUGCCUUCAUGGUGUGGUGCCGCUACCUGGAGAACACCGAGGAGCCCAUCAUGAUCCUUCUCAACACAGAGGAUCUGGCCUCUCUGAAUAAUGACAGGCUCACCGUACUUCUCCCUGGGCAUUGGGUCUUCUUCUUCUCCCACUUCAACUUUGACGUCAUGGAGCUGCCAGAACAAGAUGGCGGCCGCCCUCUGCCUCCCGGGAGGAGCCGCAACCGAAGAGCUUUCCAGAACACGCCUGCUAGGCCCAUCCUGCUUUUUGCCACCAGGGGAUCCCCCGGGGAUCCGUCACCGGAAUCCGGGGAAGAAGAGGACAAUGAAGAUGCACCUGACCAGGACGGGCUCCACGCGCAGACCCUCCAGCAGGAGCUCCUGGCCAUGAUCCCAGUGGACCAGAUCCUCAACAGCUUCCUAGCCCAUUUCAGCAUGGCCCAGAUCCGGGCGGUCGUCCUGCACUUCUUCCGCGGCCUCCUGUCCUGGAAGAACGUGCUGGCCCUGGCCGCCAUGCUGGUGCUGCUCAGGGCCCGGCAGCGCCGCCCGCUGCUGCCCGCGCCCACCUUCGCGGUGGCUCGGCCCCGACCCCGGCGCUCCCCUUUUUUUUUGGGCGCCAACACCGCGCCCGCCCGGGAGCGGGCCGAGCUGUUCCUGGGCCCCGGCCGCUGGCAGCGCAACGCCCUGCUCCCUCAGGCUCCCCGAGGCCUGCAGUUCACCCCCGGCUUCUGGCUGACGCUCUGGGAGUUCUUCGGUGUCCGAGGCGCCCCCCGGGAGGGCAGCGCCCCCGCCCCCCGCGAGCCCCGGUGCUUGGAGCUACACGUCGUUGGUGCCGAGGAUGUCGUCUCGCGAGAAGCCCUGCAAGACGACCUGCAACGUUACCGUCAGUGUGGCCUGCAUGACGGCCUGCAAGACACCUCGCAGGACGAGCAGGACAACGACGUGCACGUGGCCAGGGCCCUGCGCAGGCUCCUGACUGCGGUCUGCGCGCACGCCCAGCCCGCGCCCGCGCCCCCGCUAGGGCAGGAGGCCAGCCUGGAAGAACUGCCGGGCCCAGAAGACGACACGGACCUCGACUGA